AUGGGCUCGAGCGCCUCGGUGUCACUCUGCCGACGUCCGGCGUCAGCGAGCGUGAAGCGGAGCGCGCGAGUGCAGCCCCACCCGCAGGCUCCAGAGCUGGACCUCGGGGCGGUGUUUGGUGUGCCCCUGCAGAGACUCAAGGAGGCAGGACGGCUGCGGCAAGGUGUUCCCCUGGUGCUCAGGAGCAUGGUGGAGUUCUUGGAGAAAUAUGGUCUGCAGCAGAGUGGCGUGUUCAGGUUGUGUGGGUCUGACCGACGCUGUCAGACCCUCCGUGUGUGUUUGGACCGGGGAGAGUGUGUGGGUCUGGAGAGAGGAGAUGUUCCCACGGUUGCUGCACUCCUCAAACUCUACUUGAGAGAACUACCCUGUGGACUUAUUCCACACACGCACAGCAAACACAUGCAGCAGGCACUUAUGGACUGUAAAGACGGAACAGAACUGUUUACGGUACUGAAGGAAACCCUGAGCCGUCUUCCUGAUGACAAUUACAACAUCUUGUCUUAUCUUCUGCACUUCCUGUCCCGAGUGGCUGCCUAUAGCCAGUGGAAUCACAUGACCUCCGAGAAUUUGGCCACAGUGUUCGGCCCAUGCAUCUUUCGUGUCUCUGAAGGCCCGAAGAUGCUGGAGGAACAGGCCAUGUGUAAUAUCCUUACUCUACAUCUGCUGGAGAAGCACACACACCUGAUUCCAAACACACACACUCACACACACGUCUGCAAUACUACCCACAAACUCACAAGCAGCGUCCACCUGACCACACACCCCCUUAACACUCCAACCACACAUACCCCAAACACCACACGCCCUUUAAGUGCUACACACACCCCGAACACCACCCAUACACUGAACACUACACAUAUUCCAGACACCACGCAUAUCCUAAACACCACACACCCCUUAAAUGCUACACACACACACACUCCAAAUACCACACAUACCCAAAACACCACCACCCCCCUAAACACUACACACACUACAUACAAUGAGGACUCAGCACUGCCCCCCUCUCUCGCUGACAUGACACCACUGCAGAGGGAGCAGUCUUGUAGUUUAUUUACUGUGUGUGAUGUCAGCAUGGGUAGGGCCAAUGAUAUGGGGGCCCACCCACCCACGACAGCAGGGGCAACCCCACUAUCCAGCAGAUCCUGUCUACCCAGUCAGUCCCGCCUCAGGUGCUCACUCACGGUAAAGAGCACGAGCCCCUCCCAUUCAAACACCCCAUGCAGACGAUCAGACACCAGCCACACACACACACCACGCUGCCAAUCGCACGCCCAGGGUGGCAACACACGCUCGUGCACCAGCCAGACAUGCUGUGAGAACAGACACACACAGCCUGAGUCAGACGCCACGAGGACCAGCUCAUGCCCUGAUCCUAGGAACGACGCGCACUCUCAACACGGCUGCACAACAUGUGAGAGCAGCAUGUCGCCGGCGCAGAAGAGCCGGCAGGCACCCACUCAUACUGGAGGUCAGGGUGGCUCGGGAAGACCGGCUGGCUCGGGGAGAAGCCGGUUAGAGAAGAUGGGCGAGUCCUUCUGUGAACAGCCCAGGUCCUGCCCCAGGGUUCCUGUGUGGAAGGCCACCAGUGCCAGUGCAGCCCUGAGCCAGGGUUUGGGCAGUGAGCAAGACUCCACCUCUUUUGUGCCAUCCAGCCAAUCACACUCCACUGAGCUGCUGGUCCCUCUGCAACAAUGCCAUGUUCGCAACCUCAAACAAGCAGUCAAGAGCUUUGAGAAUCCCUUCCAGCUCAGCCACAGUCAUGAGGCUGCUCACAGUGGUAAAGAGACAGAACCUAAUGUGGUGAAUCACAUCACAGACCUCAGCCAAGGAUGGAGGCAGCUCAAAGGUACCAGCUGGGGGUUAAGAUCAAGACAGUGUGUGAAGGGAGUGAAGAGAUCAUGUGGUUCCACUUCCACCCAGCAAGGGGAGACAAAGAUCAGAGUGUCUCAGCCCAAACCAGCACUGGAAGACACAGUGAACGUGGUAGCGCAGCACCUUAACGAAAAACGACUGGAACUACACAUACCAGAGCACAUGCAGGACAUGUCUCAGGUCCAGCUGGCUCUGGAGAAGAACACACUGCAGAAGUGUCUACUCUACUGUGAGAGUCUUCACGGCAGGCCGAAGUCCAGAGAGGAGAGGAGUGUGAUGAGAGACCUCUAUAACCGCUAUCGUUUGGUGAAGCAGGCGUUGUAUACCUCAAACACAGCGAUCAACGCCACCCUGGACAGGGACAAACAGUAUACAGCUCCUGUAAAUGAUACACAUUCCACCAACAGGACAGAGUUCCUUAGGCAGAUGAAAGAGGUGCGAGCAGAGAAGAGACGACUGAAGAAAAUUCUGAAAAAAUACAAGGAGAUAUUUCUCUCAAACACGAGCAGGAACCUACAGAGGGAGGACUGGGUAACCGUGGCGGCGGAAUAUGAGCAGUACAAAGCCCUGAAGGCCAGACUGAGGCUGCUGAAAAGCAUGCUGGGUGAAGACGCACGGCCCUGAGGGCGCCGUGUUUGACUGCCUCGCCAGGUGAGGGCGGGGCCAGGUGGGCGUGGCUUGCCUCGCCUGGGCAGAAACUGCAUGCUAACCAUGCUAACGAGCCAGCAACAUUUGCUUAGUUUUUUUUUUUUGAACAAAUGAAACAGGAAAUCUUGGAAUAAAACAGCAGCUCUCUAGUCUACACUCUGCAAGAUGGAAACUUCAAUUAUUUAUUCAAUCUAAUCUAUAUCACAUACACAACGUAACUGCUUACAAAAAAUAACCUUGGCAAUUUUCCUUUUCAAUUCUACAUUUUUAGUUUUUUUUUUUAACCAAAGGCUAAGUGUUUGAACAAAUCAGAUACAUAUAUUUCACAGUGACAGCAAGUAAUGCUUCCUUUGUGGUUCACUGCAUCUGAAAUUUGGUGAACGUUGUUCAAAAUGGUGUGGCAUGCUUGCAGUUUGCUU